AUGACAGCGGCCAACCAAGCACCUGUCAAACCCAUCAGUAUCAACCCCGAAGAAACAUAUAUUCAGAUAUCAUACACGACAUCUGAACCUCCUAAACUCGCCUAUCAAGGUGUUGAAUUAGAAUACAAAGGUCCAGUGGGUGAACUGAAGGGAGAAGGUAUAUUUCAGGUCUUGCAUCAAGAUAACGCAUCGCCAGUAAAGAGAAGCGAAGAAUUAUGGUUGAAUAAGAAAGACGGUUUGGUCAAAGAACUGAAAGGCUUAAAUGGGGUUACAGGGGUUAAUGCAAUGGGUGAAUUGAAGAUGAGGAGUAAACGAGAGGAAUUUUAG